AUGAAUUUAGUUAGUAUUAUGAAUGUUAAAAAUGUGAGUCAACUCUCAUUUUAGAUUUAGUUUAAACAACUAUAACCACUCCAACUUUAAGGUAAUCUGAAAUUUUUAUCCAAUAGGUAAAAUAUCACAUAUCAUAAUUCUAUAAUUAUUGAAGUGUACAAUAAUGGGACAUUGAUAAUUCUUUUGAUUCAGAAAUAUGGAAUAGCGGAAUUCAAUUUACGACUAUAUUCAAGGUUGGAAUUGGAAUUAUGGGGAUAAUAAGUACUACUUUAAUACUAAAUAAACUAUCAUUUGGAUACUUUUUUUCCAUUUAUACCUGGUUGUUCAGAUUAUUUUAAAAAGGAGUGUGUAUAAUGUCUGCAAGGAUGGAAACUGAAUAUAAUGGAAUAAUUAUGUUACCCUAUUUGUGGAAAUAACAAAAUCGAAGGAUACGAAGAAUGCGAUGAUGGUAAUUUUAGUCCUUUUGAUGGAUGCUUUGAAUGCAAAUAUUAAUGCAUUUAACAUUGUGAUGAAUGUAUCUAUGGAAUUUGUAAAAAAUGUGAAUUUAGAUUUAUAUAUGAUGAAGAGAGGAAAAUUUGUUUACCAAAUUGUUAAGAAGGGAUGGUAAUUCCAUUUACUGAGAAUUUAUGUGAUCGCUAUAAUUGGUUGGAGAAUUGCAGGUAAUUCUGUUUACUUUGUAUUAAUUCGGAUUGUGCUCAAUGCGAAAAGGGAUUUGAUUUGAGGAAUGGUGUCUGCAAUCCUAUAUGUGGGGAUAAAAUAGUGUUACCAGAUUUAGAAGAAUGUGAUGAUGGCAAUAAUAAAAUUGAUGAAUGUCAUGAAUGCAAAUUAGUUUGUGAGAGAGGAUGCGAUAUUUGUGAAAAGGGUAUAUGCAAAUUAAAUUGCCAAAAAACUUAUGGGAUUGGGUUUUAUUUUGAUGAUGUAAAUUGCAGAUAAAUAUGUGGAGAUUCUAUAGUUACAGCUUUUGAAGAGUGUGAUGAUGGUAAUGACAUUGAAUAUGAUGGCUGCUUUAAUUGUAAAUACUCUUGUGAAUAGAAUUGUUUGGAUUGCUAAAAUGGUUAGUGUGUCAAAUAUCAAAGCAGUUGUGGUGAUGCUAAAUUAUAAGGCUAAGAAGUGUGUGAUGACGGAAACAAUGAUUAAUUAGACGGUUGUUUUAAUUGUGCUGUAGAACCUGGUUGGAACUGCAUUUAAAUAAAACAAAAUACUUUUUGCAAUAGAAUUAACCCUCCCCAAUUUAUUUCUAAGUUCUUAUCUAUUCAAAAUAACAAAUAAUUAGUCCUUUUCCAAUUUUCAUAAGAAAUAAAAAUCAUAAAAGGAUGUAAUUUAACUGAAUCUAUGGUCUUAAGCAUCCUUAAUAUCUCAAAUUCUGAAUAUAUAUUGACAUAUAUUGAGAAAGAAGAGCCUUUAGAAGAAUAGGUUUAAGAAUCUUAUUAUAUAAUUUAAAUUGAAAUUAAUACCUAAACUUAAUCUAAACCAAUCUUAUAUAUAGAUUUAAAUGCUACUAUUCUUAAUAAUGAUAAUGAGAAUAUGUAAUAAUUAUAAUAUGAAUUACAACUUGAGGUAUCAUAAUUUUUAACACCAAAAUAAAGAGAAUAUAGCAACAGCAUAAAAGGUGUAAAUUCCUAUUUCAUUUAUGGUCAAUUAGCAAUUGGAGGUUUUUUUUUCCUUAUAGGAUAACCAGAUAUUCUUUUUUCCAUGUUGGACAUUUUACAAUAUUUUUCAUAUCUUAGGUACAUCACAGUUACCUUUCCAUUUAAUUUAGAAAUUUUCUUUCAAAUAAGCGAUCAAAUAUCUUUUUCACUGCUUUAUGAGUUCAUCAAAUUCGAAGAAAUUUUAAAUUUGAUUAUUCCACUAAAUUACAUGAGUCCCUAGUUUGGUAAAUUCUUAUAAUAUGAUUAAAAUGCAGACUUGUUAUCAAACUUUAUCCCUUAAAUGAUUUAAGGUUUGAUUUUUAUACUAUUUAUAUUAUCUAAGGGUUUUGUUUACAGAUUUCUUUACUAUAUAAUGAUUAAUACUAAACUUUUUAUCUGUUUGAAUUUUUUGUAAUCAAUUAUUAAUUGCAAGUUGAUGUUGAGAAUAUAUUAAUACUUAUAUUAAGUAAGCAGAUCAUUAAUUAAAGUUCCAAAAUAUUUUAAUAGUCAAUAGAUAACCAAUUUAAUGUUUAUCAAUGGUUGGGAUCUAAUAUUCAAGUGUUUUCUCUACUUAAAAACAUUUGAAAAUUAUUCAAAUAGAAAUAUCAUUUCAAUUGUUCUUGCUAGUUUAAUUUUAGCCUUUUAUGGAUACAUAAUACAGAAUUCACUAAGCACAAGUACAAUCUUUAUGAAAAGCAAAAAGAACUAAUAUCUUGAAUAACGAUUUGAAGCAUUAGAUUUAAUUAAAUAGAUUAUUCUGCUUUAUGCCUUGAUUUUCAUUGAUAAGACUGAAAUUAUCCAAAUAGCUAUAUUGUUCUUGAAUUGUUUAAUAUCAAUGGUAAUAAUUUUCAAUAGAAGAAGACAUCAGCAUUUAUAAAAUUGUGUUUCAAAAAUUUUGUCAGAAGGAUCAAUAUUAUUAUUUAUAUUCAUUUCCUUAGUAUAUAUAAAGGAUUUUCCUAUUUAUAUAUCAGGUGAACAUAAAAUUAUUAUCGGGUGGAUUCACAUUUUCCUUUUGUCAUUUAUUCUAGCACUACCAAUUAUUCAGCUUGCUAAAGAUUUCUCCUUAUGGUUUUAUAAACGAUUGUUGUAAAUAAGAAAAACAAUUAAUACAAGAAAACAAAUUUGGUUGUUUUGA